AUGGCGCCUCCAAGCAGAAUCGCCGCUUCAGAAGCCACAGUGACAGCGGGGAGUCGCUGGAAUUCUUUCCACCAUGUGUUAGCUCGAGUCCCUGUACAGGAUUGUACAGGAAUCUUGCAGGACUGUUGGGUUCGAGGGUUUUCUUCUUCCAGAAUGGCAGAGGUCAAACAUCCGCCACCUCGAAGCUGUAGCUUUGCAGCUCGGGAGCUCACACGCAGCCGAAAAGUCGUGCUUGCAGAGCGACUUCGUGAGCAAGGCCUGCCAUAUGAGCAUUUGCUCGAGAAUCCUGGACGAGAACUUUCAGAGGGGCCGCCAGAAAACCCCUUGGCUAGGAAGAAGCAGGUAGUCCUUGUGGAUAUGUCCAAGCAGCUUCCGCGACCAGACCUCAUGAAGUCUGCCAGCAUCGUCUACAACGAGACAAUUGCCAUUUCUUCUUGUGGGUUUGAAGAAGCGCAUAAGAAGUGUGCCAAGUUUGGAAGAUUCUACAGGCAGCCAUGCUACCCGAUCUCCCUCCUUCCGCGAUGUGAGCAGACCCAGGAUUCCUACACUCAACCUGGCGAGUUUAGCAUCAACUUGGACUUCGUAAGGCCAAGGCUUGCAGCCAGCAUGGAGUUCCGGAAGAGACCUGGCCGGAAGGAUAUUCUUGAGUAG